AUGUUUACCUCCUCGGGAUCUAACCCCCCCACUGAUCGAACGCCUCUUCUUCGACCUAUAUUCACCGCUGCUCAAUCUACUUUUCUACCACGCCACAGACAUAGACGGCAUCAGAAGCACCGUGUACCUGUAUUCUCAAUAGUGUUCACCUUGUCAGCUUUGAUAUGCGUAGCAUUUCUGGCAUGGGAUGUAUCUUCUUUCGGUUAUUGUUAUGUCACACCGCUUUGUCGGGCUUUAUCAGGUAGUAAAGGUCUUGAGCAACUUUGGUGGAGGAAUCAGGGACCUUGUGCUCCAUUCAGGUCUCAAGGUCUUGGAGGUGGGAAGAGAGGACUUCCAAAAGGAUGUGAGAUAAGUCAAGUCACAAUUCUACAUAGACAUGCAGCUAGAUAUCCUACGGCAGCAGCUGGUGAAUGCAUAUUAUCAGCGUUGAAGAAGCUCGAUGAUCGAGAAGUGAAAAUUCCAAGUCGACAUCCUGAAUAUGCCUUUCUUGCCAAGACUGACUUGAAGUUAAGAGAUUGGAAAUUUGAUGGAUUGAUGGAUCAAGGUAGAAAACAAUCUUGGAUGUCGGGUAGACAACUCAAACAGAUGUAUAGCCAGUUCAUCGGUAAAGCAGAGGGUGUCUUUACGCGUUCUUCUGGUGGUGGCAGAGUAGUUGAGACUUCGGGUUACUGGCUUGAGGGCUUUCGAGGCGAUAAAUUUCAGUUGAAAGAAAAAUCUAAAUUGCCUAAAACAGAUGUGGAGAUACCGGAAGGAGAAGAUUACAAUAACACUCUCUCCGUUCAUUCCUGUCCAGCAUUCCAAAACUUAGCUCCUAAACUAAGCAAAUUGAAAUUCGAGGACCUUACACCGCUUCUCGAACCUACGCUAAACAGGUUAAACACUAUUCUUAAACCUCAUCCACGACUCGAGAUGGACGAUCUGGUCUGUCUUGGUGAUAUGUGUGGAUAUGACUCUCAGUCGAAAGGAGAGGAUUGGACAGGCUGGUCGAAGUGGUGUGGAAUUUUCACCAAGAACGAGUGGGAGAUUAUAGGGCAUGGCAAAGAUCUGAAAAGAUGGUAUGAUCUAGGUGAACAGAGUAGAUACGGUCCUACCAUGGGAGCAGGCUACGUCAAUGAACUGCUUGCUCGACUCACCGACUCUGAAGUGAUCGACAGUACUACAGUCAAUCAGACUUUGGAUUCAGACGAAAACAAAUUUCCUAGAGGAGGCAAACGAUUCUUCGUGGAUUUCGGCCACGAUAACGAGAUUUUAGAAGCUUUAUCAGCCAUUGGACUCAUGUUGCAACAUAGACCGUUACCUACAACAUUUGUUCCACCUAAACGAACAUACAUUUUAUCUCGCAUAAUCCCAUUUGGAGCGAGAAUAGCUUUUGAAAGAGUAUCUUGCCAAACGGGGAACUGGGAACCUGAUCCUGAAGCUGGAGAUGAGUACAUCGACAAUCCAGAUCGAGAUAGUGAUGGCAAACGGGAUUAUAUCAGGAUUCUCGUCAAUGAUAAAAUCGAAACUGCAAGUCAUGUUUCAUGUGAAUUUUCGGGUUUAGCAAAUUUCGGUUUGUGUGAAUUAGACGCUUUUGUGGAAAGUCAGCAGUUCUCAAAACAAGAUGUUGAUUGGUCUAUAUGCUAUGAAGAUGAUGUGCAAGGACAAAGCCUGCAAACGGCAUGA